UGGGGAGGGGACCUGCUAGAUGCCCCUUCUGGAUGCGCCUGCGAUGUCUGACCCGGCGCCGGGGUGCCGCGGGGCUCAGGAGCUGCCCCGGAGCGCAGGAGCUGCCCCGGAGCGCGAGCGCUGCCCACGGUCGCUGCCUCUCCCGACCCAGAGAGUCGGAGCAGAGCCUGCCGGGUUUCAGGAGGAGGCGGUGGUGCUGUGCUGGGGACAGGGACCGGUGUGGGGAAGUAGCACUCGCUGCGGGAUUGCGUCUGACAGAUGCAGCGCCGCGAUUCCAGGCCGGAAGAUCGGGGACGAGCAAUCCUCCUCGAGCCGGCGUUCCAAGCAUUCAGUGCGACGCUUACACCGACUGCCUAGUUGGUGUCUCGUCUUCCACCUUGAAGAACAUAGAAUGGAGACUUGCCAGGCUUGGGUUUCUUUUCCAGCCGAGUGGCUCCGGGCUCUCUGGGGACUCUGUGUGUGCUGACCCAUACUGGACCGUGGGCCGGCAUGUUAUGUUGCCGAAGGAUAUCGCCAAGCUGGUCCCUAAAACCCACCUGAUGUCUGAAUCGGAAUGGCGGAAUCUUGGCGUUCAGCAAAGUCAGGGAUGGGUCCAUUACAUGAUCCACGAACCAGGAUGUUCAGUACAGUUUGUGCUGCUGACUGCUUUGCUCGAGCAGAGCCAACAACACCAUGGCCCAACCAGAUGAGCGCUCUUCGGGCUGCAGCCUCAGCCGAGUGUUAUCCCAGAAACCAUGCUUGAGCUCUGUACCCAGCAGAACACACUUGGUAGAUGGAGGAAGCAUCUGAGAAGGCGGCUAUGGCUGUUACAGGGAUUGUGUAAACUUGCUGUUUUGUUUUGUUUCCUGCCAGGUGUUGUAUGUACGGUGGUUUGUUUCAAUGUAUUGGAAACUUUUCAUUUUAUUCAAGAAAUCUGUUCCAUGUUAAAAAGCCUUGAUUAAAGAGGAAGUUUUUAUCAUCUGA